AUGUCUGUACUCCCUGAAUUGCAAGUCACAAAAAUGCACCCGUUUGUCUCUCCCAUCAUCCUCUCACUCCCAUCAUCCUCUCACGCCCAUCAUCCUCUCACUCCCAUCAUCCUCUCACUCCCACCAUUCUCUCACUCCCACCAUCCUCGUCCCACUCCCAUCACCCUCGUCCCACCCUCACCAUCCUCGUCUCACAUCUAUCCUUUUCUUCCGCACUCGAACCAGAAGCUUCGUCUCACAUCUAUCCUCGUCUCACAUCUAUCCUCGUCUCACAUCCAUCCUCGUCUCACAUCCAUCCUCGUCUCACAUCUAUCCUCGUCUCACAUCUAUCCUCGUCUCACAUCUAUCCUCGUCUCACAUCUAUCCUCGUCUCACAUCUAUCCUCGUCUCACAUCCAUCCUCGUCUCACAUCUAUCCUCGUCUCACAUCUAUCCUCGUCUCACAUCUAUCCUCGUCUCACAUCUAUCCUCGUCUCACAUCUAUCCUCGUCUCACAUCUAUCCUCGUCUCACAUCUAUCCUCGUCUCACAUCUAUCCUCGUCUCACAUCUAUCCUCGUCUCACAUCUAUCCUCGUCUCACAUCCAUCCUCGUGUCACAUCCAUCCUCGUCUCACAUCUAUCCUCGUCUCACAUCUAUCCUCGUCUCACAUCUAUCCUCGUCUCACAUCUAUCCUCGUCUCACAUCCAUCCUCGUCUCACAUCCAUCCUCGUCUCACAUCUAUCCUCGUCUCACAUCUAUCCUCGUCUCACAUCUAUCCUCGUCUCACAUCUAUCCUCGUCUCACAUCUAUCCUCGUCUCACAUCCAUCCUCGUCUCACAUCUAUCCUCGUCUCACAUCUAUCCUCGUCUCACAUCUAUCCUCGUCUCACAUCUAUCCUCGUCUCACAUCUAUCCUCGUCUCACAUCUAUCCUCGUCUCACAUCUAUCCUCGUCUCACAUCUAUCCUCGUCUCACAUCUAUCCUCGUCUCACAUCUAUCCUCGUCUCACAUCUAUCCUCGUCUCACAUCCAUCCUCGUCUCACAUCCAUCCUCGUCUCACAUCUAUCCUCGUCUCACAUCUAUCCUCGUCUCACAUCUAUCCUCGUCUCACAUCUAUCCUCGUCUCACAUCUAUCCUCGUCUCACAUCCAUCCUCGUCUCACAUCUAUCCUCGUCUCACAUCUAUCCUCGUCUCACAUCUAUCCUCGUCUCACAUCUAUCCUCGUCUCACAUCUAUCCUCGUCUCACAUCUAUCCUCGUCUCACAUCUAUCCUCGUCUCACAUCUAUCCUCGUCUCACAUCUAUCCUCGUCUCACAUCUAUCCUCGUCUCACAUCUAUCCUCGUCUCACAUCCAUCCUCGUCUCACAUCCAUCCUCGUCUCACAUCUAUCCUCGUCUCACAUCUAUCCUCGUCUCACAUCUAUCCUCGUCUCACAUCUAUCCUCGUCUCACAUCUAUCCUCGUCUCACAUCUAUCCUCGUCUCACAUCUAUCCUCGUCUCACAUCCAUCCUCGUCUCACAUCCAUCCUCGUCUCACAUCUAUCCUCGUCUCACAUCUAUCCUCGUCUCACAUCUAUCCUCGUCUCACAUCUAUCCUCGUCUCACAUCUAUCCUCGUCUCACAUCUAUCCUCGUCUCACAUCUAUCCUCGUCUCACAUCUAUCCUCGUCUCACAUCUAUCCUCGUCUCACAUCUAUCCUCGUCUCACAUCUAUCCUCGUCUCACAUCUAUCCUCGUCUCACAUCUAUCCUCGUCUCACAUCUAUCCUCGUCUCACAUCUAUCCUCGUCUCACAUCUAUCCUCGUCUCACAUCUAUCCUCGUCUCACAUCUAUCCUCGUCUCACAUCUAUCCUCGUCUCACAUCUAUCCUCGUCUCACAUCUAUCCUCGUCUCACAUCCAUCCUCGUGUCACAUCUAUCCUCGUCUCACAUCUAUCCUCGUCUCACAUCCAUCCUCGUCUCACAUCUAUCCUCGUCUCACAUCUAUCCUCGUCUCACAUCUAUCCUCGUCUCACAUCUAUCCUCGUCUCACAUCUAUCCUCGUCUCACAUCCAUCCUCGUCUCACAUCCAUCCUCGUCUCACAUCUAUCCUCGUCUCACAUCUAUCCUCGUCUCACAUCUAUCCUCGUCUCACAUCUAUCCUCGUCUCACAUCUAUCCUCGUCUCACAUCCAUCCUCGUCUCACAUCUAUCCUCGUCUCACAUCCUAUCCUCGUCUCACAUCUAUCCUCGUCUCACAUCUAUCCUCGUCUCACAUCUAUCCUCGUCUCACAUCUAUCCUCGUCUCACAUCUAUCCUCGUCUCACAUCUAUCCUCGUCUCACAUCUAUCCUCGUCUCACAUCUAUCCUCGUCUCACAUCUAUCCUCGUCUCACAUCUAUCCUCGUCUCACAUCUAUCCUCGUCUCACAUCUAUCCUCGUCUCACAUCUAUCCUCGUCUCACAUCUAUCCUCGUCUCACAUCUAUCCUCGUCUCACAUCUAUCCUCGUCUCACAUCCAUCCUCGUCUCACAUCUAUCCUCGUCUCACAUCCAUCCUCGUCUCACAUCUAUCCUCGUCUCACAUCUAUCCUCGUCUCACAUCUAUCCUCGUCUCACAUCUAUCCUCGUCUCACAUCUAUCCUCGUCUCACAUCUAUCCUCGUCUCACAUCUAUCCUCGUCUCACAUCUAUCCUCGUCUCACAUCUAUCCUCGUCUCACAUCUAUCCUCGUCUCACAUCUAUCCUCGUCUCACAUCCAUCCUCGUCUCACAUCCAUCCUCGUCUCACAUCUAUCCUCGUCUCACAUCUAUCCUCGUCUCACAUCUAUCCUCGUCUCACAUCUAUCCUCGUCUCACAUCUAUCCUCGUCUCACAUCUAUCCUCGUCUCACAUCCAUCCUCGUCUCACAUCCAUCCUCGUCUCACAUCCAUCCUCGUCUCACAUCUAUCCUCGUCUCACAUCUAUCCUCGUCUCACAUCUAUCCUCGUCUCACAUCUAUCCUCGUCUCACAUCCAUCCUCGUCUCACAUCUAUCCUCGUCUCACAUCUAUCCUCGUCUCACAUCUAUCCUCGUCUCACAUCUAUCCUCGUCUCACAUCUAUCCUCGUCUCACAUCUAUCCUCGUCUCACAUCUAUCCUCGUCUCACAUCUAUCCUCGUCUCACAUCUAUCCUCGUCUCACAUCUAUCCUCGUCUCACAUCUAUCCUCGUCUCACAUCUAUCCUCGUCUCACAUCUAUCCUCGUCUCACAUCUAUCCUCGUCUCACAUCUAUCCUGUUCUUCCUCGCUCGAACCAGAAUGUAG